AUGAUGAUGAUGGGUGAUACAUUUGGUUCAAGCAUGGCGAGUUUGUUCUUCUUAUGGGCAACUAUUCAACAAAUCUUCCCAAACCACUUCAAGAUUGCUAUUAAAGAGUUUCUUAUCUCCACAAUCCAACAACUCUCAUUUUUCCAGAGGUUUUCAGACAGAUUCAUUAACUUCUUCUCUCCUUAUGUCGAAAUCGCCUUCUCUGAGUUCGAAGAUUAUCGAUACAAUCAAGCUUUCGCGGCUAUCGAGACUUAUCUUGGGGCCAAAGCAACUGAUAAGGCCAAGCAUCUAAGAGCAAGCCAGGUUAGAGAGAGUAAAGGGUUGGUUUUGAAACGAGACGAGACUAGAGUGCGAGAUGAGUAUGAAGGAGUUAGUGUCUGGUGGGAGAAUGCAACUGAUUCCAUUGGAUUUAAAACAUUGAAGCUCACUUUUCAUAGACGCUCGCGGGAUAUUGUAACGGAUUCUUACAUAAAAUAUGUUGUUGAAGAAGGCAAAUCGAUUGAAGACAAGAACAAGAAGAUGAAGUUGUUCACAAAUAAUCCGAGUUCUCAUUGGGGUUCCAGCAAGACUAGUUUUUGGAGAUAUAUUGACUUUGAGCAUCCUGCUAAUUUUAAGACGUUAGCUAUGGAUCCAAAGAAGAAGGAGGAGAUCUUGAAUGAUCUUGUUGCGUUUAGCAAUGGUAAAGAUUAUUACAAGAAGAUUGGGAAAGCUUGGAAGAGGGGUUACUUGCUUUAUGGACCACCGGGGACCGGUAAAUCGACAAUGAUUGCUGCAAUGGCGAACCUUUUGAACUAUAGCAUCUAUGAUCUUGAACUCACGGCUAUACGGAACAACUCGGAGUUGAAGAAACUACUCACUGCUACUUCUAAUAAGUCUAUUAUCGUGAUUGAAGAUAUUGAUUGCUCAUUGGAUCUUACGGGUAAAAGAAAGAAGAAAGAGAGCAACUCGACAAACUUGAGUAAAGAUGGACAACAAGGUAAUGAAGAAGAAGACAAGAGUUUCGUAACACUCUCGGGGCUUUUGAAUUUUAUUGAUGGGAUCUGGUCUGCUUGUGGACAAGAGCGGAUUAUUGUCUUCACGACGAAUCACUUGGCGAAACUUGACCCGGCUUUAAUCAGGAGAGGUAGAAUGGAUAUGCAUAUUGAGCUGUCUUACUGUACUUUCGAGGCGUUCAAGAUUUUAGCCAAGAACUAUCUGGAUCUUGAUUCCCAUCCCCUGUUCAAACAGAUCGAGUCUUUAAUAAAGGAAACAAAGAUCGCGCCAGCUGAUGUUGCUGAGAACUUGAUGAAGAAAAACCGUGAAAUCGAUGUCGAAGGAUCUCUUAAAGAUCUGAUUCAAGCUCUAGAGAGAAGGAAGAAGGUUCAGAGAGAUCAAGUAGAUGUACACAAGGACAAAAAGAAGGACAAGAUAUUCAAAGCAUUUCGCAUGUUAUUUUAA